AUGGCCUCCACCUUGUUCCGCUCUUUGGCGCGCACAACGAGGGCUGCGCCAAAAUCUCGUCUGCUUUCGCGAAAUCUCUCAUCUUCAUCCGUUCUGCGACAGGCAGACCCAACUCUCGAGGAGGCCAGGAAGUCCGGGUUCGACUACCACACAGUGGAGGAUCUUCAUGGCAUGACUGCUCAUGAAAUUUUGGCUGGACCACAAGAGGAUACCAAAAUGAGGCACUUUACAGUCAACUUUGGACCCCAACAUCCCGCUGCUCACGGUGUGCUCCGAAUGAUUCUUGAGUUGAAUGGAGAAGAAAUCUUGCGUGCGGAUCCCCACAUUGGUCUCCUUCACCGUGGCACAGAGAAAUUAAUCGAAUAUAAGACGUAUAUCCAGGCCCUACCUUACUUUGAUCGCUUGGACUACGUAUCUAUGAUGACCAAUGAAUUGUGCUAUUCACUGGCCGUUGAAAAACUCCUCAAUAUCCAAGUUCCCGAUAGAGCCCAAUGGAUUCGUGUCUUGUUUGGUGAAAUUACUCGUAUCCUGAAUCACCUCAUGGCCGUCCUUACCCACGUCAUGGACGUCGGUGGUCUUACGCCUUUCCUUUGGGGUUUCGAAGAACGCGAGAAGCUCAUGGAGUUUUAUGAACGCGUUUCUGGAGCUCGUCUUCAUGCUGCGUAUGUUCGACCUGGUGGUGUCGCGUUUGACCUUCCCCACGGACUUCUUGAUGAUAUCUUCAAGUGGGCCACCCAGUUCGGCAGCAGAAUAGAUGAGAUUGAAGAAGUUGUUACUGGGAACCGUAUCUGGAAAGAGCGAACUAUCGGAAUCGGGCCCGUGACAGCAAAGCAGGCCCUGGACUAUAGUUUCAGUGGCGUCAUGCUUAGAGGCAGUGGUGUUCCUUGGGACUUGCGCAAAGUUGCUCCCUAUGACAAGUACGCUGAAGUCGAGUUUGACAUCCCCGUCGGCAAGAACGGAGAUUGCUACGAUCGUUAUCUAUGCAGAGUGCAGGAAAUGCGAGAGAGUCUUCGCAUUAUUGGCCAGUGUCUGAACAAGAUGCCUACCGGUGCUAUCAAGGUCGAUGACCAUAAACUUGUUCCUCCUCCCCGUGCCAUGAUGAAGGAAAGCAUGGAGUCUUUGAUUCAUCACUUCAAAAUCUUCAGCGAAGGUUACUCUGUGCCUGCUGGGGAAACCUACAGCGCCAUUGAAGCUCCUAAGGGAGAAAUGGCUGUAUACCUGGUCUCUGAUGGCACAAACAGACCAUACCGAUGCAGCAUUCGCGCCCCAGGAUUUGCCCACCUUGCCGGUUCCGACUUCAUGAUGAGACGUACGUACCUUGUCGCUGUCAUACCGACUUACCACAUCCCGCUCUAA